AUGCGCAUCACUCCCUGGCGUGACCAGCGUGAGUGGGAACGUGUCCGUGAUCUCUUCUACAGCCAAGAUCCAGCCAUGAUCCAGCUUGCCAGCGACAGAGUCCGUGCUUGGGCAUGUCGCGGGCGGGUCGCACAUGCAGUCAUCUCUACCCAUCUGCUGACGGCUGCCUUGCAGAUGCGAGGCUCUUCUUUGGAAUGCCGUAUGGUUCUGGCAAUGGCCCUCACUCGUUUCGUGAAUGGCCUCUUGGACCCAGCACAACAGGCAGAGCAUGCCAUAUCCAUGGUGGCAUUGGCGCGUCAGCUGGACCUACCAGAGUCGUUUGUUGAGCUUCGGCAUGCCACCACACACGAUGCACUACCAUCGCUCGUUGUCCUCAAGCAGGCAGCGAUGCGAGCCCGCGACUGGCUCUGGCAGCAUUACUGGCAACCCGUC